CAUUCGAUAUAUGGGUUAUGAAUUACUUCUAUAUGGAGAUGCGCAAGUGCGCGUGCGAGCUUGGAAACAGUCGUCACUUCCGGUGGUAGACUUUCACCAAUCAGGGAUAAAAAUGAAAGCGAACACUUCAAAAGUUUCAGAUUCUUACGCCGAAGUGAGUCAUAAUCUUGGUGAAAUGCCAUGUCUUGUUAUAGUUCGUAUCAAAAUGCAUCAUGGGAACAACUUGAUUAUGGCUGAUGGCGUUGGAUCCAGCAUGCAGGUAUACGCGGAUGUAUCUGACAGAACAAACGCCUACCUUGUAUAUGGUUAUAGUAACAACACGGCGAGAAUGUGGGUAGACUCGUCAAACCUUGGUGCAAUAUUUGAUGGAAGAAAACACACAUGGUUUGAUAUAGUGAUGUCUGAAGGUGAGGCGGAGAUUUUUGCCUGGAAAUGUCCUACCAUUACACCGUUUCACAACCCACGUGUUGUUACUCAAUAUAUGGCCAGUUUGCCCUGGAAUAGGUUGACCAGACUGCCCAGCAAGUGGAAUUUAGACAUUGACUACGAAUUAGAAUAUUCACUGAUUCGUGUUUCUGUACUUGCCGAGACACCAGAGAAACCUAAUUCCGGUUUUCGGUUUCCGGCCGGAAUGUAUCUUGGGUACCCAGAACCACUGGAAACCGGAAAUACUGUCAGCCCCGUAUCAGUUGGUGGCCUCUCUUAUGCGUAUGAAUUGGGAUACAAAUUCAAUUUCUGGCAGCCAAAAUUUGUGCAUACAUGUUCUGAAAUAUUUAUAGCAGAAUCAUUUGGCGAUGGAAAGAACGCAGAAGUAUCUCAUAGUGAAUCGGUUUACAUAUUAAGUUUGAUAUUUGAAGAGAACGCUGGCUGCCCAGAGCCCGUCAUUCCGAAUGGAUUUGCCAACACGUCAUUGAACGGAACGUCAACGGGAUCGCACGCAAUAGUACGUUGUGACGAGGGGUAUGAUAUCAAGCAGAAGAAGAAAUAUUACGGUUACGACUAUGAACGGUAUAAUAUAACGUGUCAUAAGUUUGGAUACUGGGAGAAUAUACCAAGCUGUAUACCAAAGGAAAAGGCAGUAGACUCGGAUUGCAAUCCUGCCGUGGACAGAUGCCGGGAUCAACAUGCGACUUGUACUUUGACCCCGGAUAAACAAAGAUAUAAGUGCACGUGUAACGAUGGUUACAAGAUUGAAAAUGGGAGAUGCAAAGCCAAAGGAAUCUAUUUACCAUCAGCUGAUUAUGAUAGUGACUGGACAAUAUUUCAAAGGACCGGUUCCAAGUGGCACCUCGAGUUCGAACAUGGCCUGGGGACAGUACCGUUGAUAGUUGAUGUACAGGUUGAAGUUGAUAACUUUAUAUUUCAUGCUAUUGGUCAGUCGCCUGCAAGUCUUCACCGAAGAGAAAGUACAGUUGUAUAUAUCUAUGAUGAAAAUUUUGUCAAUGUAUCCGCCUUCAGACCUAUUGGAGAUAGGAGUGAUGACGGCCUUUUCUCAAGUGGUUUUUUCAAGUGGUAUGGCUAUGGCUAUGACGAUGACGAUGACGAAUACUGGUGGGGAAGCUUUGGAUAUGUCCGAGUUCGGGCAUGGAAGGCCGAAUCACUUCCGGAACCAGAUAUACUGGACAACACGAAAACACUGAGAGCUAACACUUUUAAAGGUCAUUUCCAUUCAGUUCUAUCUUUACGUUUAUGUUAGUGGUCAUCCGUGCUG